CUGUGCCUUAUUCAACUCCCCAUCAGAUCUCUUUCUCUCUCUAUAUAUCAGAGAUGCGUGUUUGUUAAAGAUUUCUUGCCUUCCUCUGUUCUCAUCUUCUGGGUAUCUCUCUCUCUCUCUCUCUCUCUUUCUCGCAGAGAGUUCAACGCAUACGUUGCGGUUACAUAUAACUCGUGAUAUAGAGGGAGAGAUGGCUAAUGGUGUGGACGAGAAUGUGGUGGAUGGUUCCACAAUGUUUAGCGAUGAAGAGGUGAGGGAGAUAAGUGGGUUCAAGCGUGGCGGCGAUGAUUACGUUGAGGUCACGUGCGGGUGCACGAGCCAUCGCUACGGCGAUGCCGUUGGGACGCUUAGGGUUUUCACUAGCGGUGAUCUCGAAAUCAGCUGCGAAUGUACCCCUGGUUGUCAAGAAGAUAAGUUGACCCCGGCUGCUUUUGAGAAGCAUUCUGGAAGAGAAACAUCGAGGAAAUGGAAGAAUAAUGUUUGGGUGAUUGUUGAUGGAGAAAAAGUUCCUUUGUCAAAAACUGCACUCUUGAAGUAUUACAAUCAAGCUUUAAGCAAUGGGUCCAACAGAUCCCAAGCUGUCCGUGUUUGCCAUCGGGAUGAAUUUCUUAAGUGCACACAAUGCAAUAAGCAUCGAAGGUUCCGUCUCCGCACAAAAGAAGAAUGUCGAACUUAUCAUGAUGCUUUUAUAAAUGCUAAUUGGAAGUGUUCCGAUAUGCCUUAUGACAAAAUAACAUGCGAUGAUGAUGAGGAAAGAGCAAGCCGAAGGGUGUACAGAGGCUGUUUGCGUUCUCCGACUUGCAGAGGCUGCACAUCCUGUGUUUGUUUCGGUUGCGGGACCUGUCGUUUUUCAGACUGCGAUUGUCAGACAUGCAUUGACUUCACGAUGAACGCUAAAGCUUAGGGAAAACCUGUUUUUAAGCGUAAUUUAUUCCGGUAAUUGAAACUUUACGUGUUUAUGUUGUCGUGUUUUACUAGCUACUUACGAAGUUAAGCGUAAUUGAAAAACGUGAUGAUUGUCUUGAUUUCUCCAUGCUAUUUUUCUAAACUUUGCUUUCACAA